CGUUAAAUCCCGCAUACAUGUCCGAUAUAUAUCGCGUAUACACGUACAUACAUUACACGAAUAGACACACGAGUAAUAUUUUCCAUACGUGUUCAACACCUUUCAUUGCACACAGUCGUACGUGGAUCGGGUACCAGAAGUGUUCGAUUUCAAUACGACAAUUUUCUAAUACAUACCCAUGUGUUUUUAACGUGUAUGUACCCUAUGUAUUUCCUAUGUACCAACGUCCGCGUGUGUGGAUAAAUCUAUAUAUAGAUAUGCGUAUGUUUUUACGUUAUACGCUCGGGGCACGCUUAACAGUUAGCCGGUAGCUCCGGGCGGGGGUCGCACCGUUGCAGCUGUCGUCGAGGGUUGCGGAGCGGUUGUUGGUUUCUGGGGGCAAAUAUAUAAAGUCUAUGAAAGUGGGAGAACGGGGCACGCGACAGGACGGCACCCCCAUAACAAUCAUAGCUUAGCCACGGUGAGGAUCUGCGGUGAAAGUCGCGAGCGCCCCACAGGAGCCAUCGUCCUGUCGUUUGUGUGAAGAGUUAGCCCUGGCCAGGUUCGCAGUGACUAGGCAAACUUUGGGAAAAUGAAGCGCUCGUUGUCGGCGCCGUGCUUGGCGGAUGGCGAAGAAAACGGGUCGAAAAAAGCGAAGGAAGAAUCCGAAGAACCUACCGGCCGUGAAUACUUGCAGCUCGCUCUGGCCAGGGUUCUGGAGCUCCAACGCCAGGUCAAGGACGAGACCUACACAUCCGACAACACGAGCGACCUUGGAGAAUCGGACAGCGAGGAAGACGUGAUGAAAGAAGUUCUGAUAAAAGUCUUCAAGGACCUGCCGGGAUCUUCGCCGGCGGUGACUUCUAUUAUCAACAGAGCAACGCGGCCCCAGCCACCCCAAAUUCGUGCGAUCAGAGAUAAGCGAAUUCAGUUAUCGGGUUACGAUACGUGUCGUAAAGUAGCUCUAGAAUUCAUGAACACGGUUGUAAAGAGCACUCCUGUAACGGAGGAAGAUUUCGAGAGAUUUGAAAUGGGGACAUUUUCUCGAAUUGAAACAAAAAUGGCCGAUCACAAAACGGGACUGACGGGAAAUCGCGGUGCGGACAAAAACGGGGGUGAAAAUUCAAAUGGCCGUCUUCCAUCGAAUUCGGUCAUCAAUGGUUUCAGAAAUUACGUUAAGCCUGGCCAGCUUUUCUCCGCUGAUACUGUUCCGAAAUCCGCCAGAUUUUUCAACGGCAAUAACAAACGACUAGGAAAUUAUUCCGGCCAAUAUCCGCUGCCUCGAUUCGCCGAUGGUCCUUCGUCCUCCGGCGAACCCGCUAAUAAUCUAAAUCAAAGAUCAAUCGAUGGAAAUCGUCGAGAUAAUUCACAGGGGAUGCAACGUCCCUCGCGGGGAUCGCUGAACUUUGUAGACGCCGAAAGAAAUCCAAUCAUUUCCCGAGAUUACGAAAUAAGAGUGAGAAUGCUCAAGGGGUUGGAUCUGCACUUGGCUACCAAGCAGAGAGAUUUUACAGCGAGGUUGAUGAGGCAGUGAAAAAAAAAAAAAGAAAACGAAAACCAACAGCCUGCAGGUCAAUAUUUUUUUAUACCUACAUUUAUAUUGAACUUAUCUAGUCGUCGCAGAUUAUUUUAUAAUUACUUGUACGAAAAAAUUAUAUAUUUAUCAUAAUUUAUUUGUAAUCUAGUCACGUGUGUAACGUAACCAAUAAUAUUUCAACGAGCUCUAGUCAGAAACCCGAGUCUUAACGGACGCUCAGAAGCUAUAAAAAAUUCAUAUCAGUAAAUAAAACAAUUUUAUUCAACCAAUUUGUUAAUUUUUGAUACACGAAUCGACAGAUUGUUGUCCAUUAAAUAAUUCAUCAUUCCAUAACUCGUUUGAUCGACGAUCAAACUCAUCGAUAAAUCUUGACAAAAUUGAUUGUCGGUACCAGUCCACAUAAUUUUUAUCUCCGAACCUCUCAUUCUGAGUUUUUGAUUCUCCACUGAAUAAAAUAAUUCCACAACAGUUGUGAUUCGGUUUGGUUUUUUAUUCAUCGAUAUACAUUAAUUUACGAGUAUUAAUUUACAAUAGCAUCGAUUAUGCCAUCAUAUUUAUUUGGACUAGACAAAAUGUGUCAAAUAAUUGCACGCUUAUAAAUAUACGCUAUACAACAGCUUUACAAAAAUAUUGAAAGCACGUCGGUAUCGAUCUAGAAACUAUCUACAAACUACCGGUUGAGUAUUUUAUCGGCAAGUUUCGCGCAUGAUGGCUGGUAAUUAAAAACAAGAAACAAAAAAUUCCUUCUUCCGUUCGUGGAUCUUCGGUUUCCAGCGGAUAAGACGGAGGAGAAAAGUUUUACAAAAAAUACUUCGUUCACACGGAAAUUAAUUACGUCGUUUAUAUUUCAGUGUUGAAAAGAGAAAAAAUCUCAUGGCUAUUGAUUAUCAUUAAUUCUUUGUUUUUUUUUUUUGACUAGUAAAACACCGUUUGGCAUCAGUUGCAAGUAAAUAUAAUGAGCCGAUCGUUAUCGAUCGUUUUUUAAUUCGUUUUACCUACUAAUUGCACACCAAUAAAUACACC